GCCACCUUGAGUUCUUUGACCCUUGUCACCCCUUGUUCUCCUUUCUCUUUAGCUUUGACCUCUACCUGGCUUCCUAUAAAAUAUCCCACUUGCUAGCGGGACUUUCGCAAUCUUACUUCAUUUGCUAGUACUUCCAAGGCGGCUAUAUUUUCAACUUCCACAAACAUGGACCAAGAAAUAAACCAAGUCAUCCAAGCUAUCCUCAUCGCCGCAGAUCCUUCACAAGGGACACUUCACCAACAAGCCCUUCAAUUUCUCUCCGACGUCCAACAAAAUGCAAACAACACGUGGAGGCUUGCUCUCUCUAUAUUCGUGGAAAGUGCGCCGGAGGGUGGCAGGAAAUAUCCGCCACAAGCAAGGUUCUUUGCAUUGAGAGUAUUGGAUGACUUCCUCGACAACCGAAUCGAACCUCUCGACGAGGACUCAUUUCGAACACUACAACAGUCACUAUUAUCCUUCAUCCAGUCGGAAUACGUGUUCGGAAACGCAGAAGCGAGCGCGACGUUCCUUCGGAACAAGUUCUCUCAUACUCUCACGCUUUUCUUCCUCGCGACAUACACGGAACAAUGGCCUACCUUUUUUGUGGACCUCUUCGCGUUGAUCCGCCCCUCAGAACCCUCCUCGUCACAAACGUCUUUCAACCACCAUGUCUCCCUCCUCUUCUUCCACAUCGUCCUCGAAAUUUCUGGUGAAGUCGCCGAUCAAAUCAUCAAGUCUGCGCGAGCGUUUACUACAGAAAGGCAUGUAAGGGAUGCUCGUGUGCGUGAUGCUAUGCGGGACCGGGAUGCGGCGGGAAUCAACGAGGCCGUCCUCACCAUUGUGGCGGAGAGCACAGACAGGAUGUCGAAGCUGCAGAAGGGAGAAGUAGCGCCAACUUCAGAACGAGAAGAAAGUGAGGUGGUCGAGGUCGUGGACUGUGGUGUUAGGACGUUCGCUUCCUACGUGGGAUGGAUCGAUAUCAAUCUCACAGUCACUCCAACAACCGUACCGCUGCUUUUCUCAUUGCUGUCCGAUCGUUCGCUAGCCAUCCGAUUAGCCACAUCCACCGCAUUGCUUCGCAUCGUCUCGAAGGGUCUCAAGGAGCCCGCAGAUAAACUUCAACUGAUCAAGGUUCUCUCGCUGACCCAAGUCCUCGACGCGUUGGAAAAGAAGACGCGAGCAGAGCAGGAGAGCCGGAAAGCAGAUGGCGCCGAUGAAGGUGAAGAGUCUUACCGAGAAGCCUUGGGCCGGCUGCUGAACGCUCUCGGACUGGAGCUCAUCAAGCUCGUGGAUGAAUGCCCAGACGAAAUGGUGCGCCUAGAAGCCGGUCGAAUCCUUCAGGAUACACUUUUCGUCAUGAUUCGGUUCAUGUCGGACGAGUACGACGACACCUGUUCGACUAUCUUCCCUAUGCUCCAGAUGAUCCUCGCCAGCUACAAGAAAAGCCGAAAAAUAUCUACGGACACAAUCGACAAUGAGAAGCGAGCGUUCCUCGCCUCACUUCUCGAGACUAUCAUGGCGAAAAUGAUUUGGGAUGAGGACACCGACUUUGAUGAUUUGGACGAGGAUGAUCGGGAGGCCUUUGAAGGAUUGCGCAAGGACCUUCGAUCUUUCAUGGAAUCGAUCUAUUUAAUCGACUCAGACCUGGUCACAGAGGCAAUCCGCUUGCGAGCAAUGACCGCCCUUACGGCUUAUACCAAUGGUGUACCCGUCAAGUGGUUCGAUGCCGAAAUCGCAGUUUACCUGACGUUCCUCUUUGGCGAGAUCAACAAAGCCGGUGGAAAAGGUCGUGCUGCAUUCUGUCAAACUCCUGCCAUAGCAAGGGAAGACCGAAAAAAGAUCGACUACUCCAGCUACCCUCUCACGUCUCACGGAGAACUACUACUUGCCUUGAUCCAGUCCGGCAUCUCUGCGUACCCGCAUCGAAUGGUCGUCAUGCAAUUCUUUGAAACGGUCGUGCGCUACGCCGACUUCUUCAAGGUUCGUAAAGAUUGUGUUGUUCCUACCCUCGAGUCUAUGGUCGAUGCAAGAGGUCUGCACAGCUCAGAUCAGAGCGUACAAACACGAGUCUUCUACCUCUUCCAUCGAUUCAUCAAGGAGAAUAGAGGCGACAUCUCUGCAGAGCUUUCUGGAACUUUGCUAGGUGGAAUUCGAGACUUGCUCGAUAUCCAGGUCGAAAUCCCAGAACUGGAGAACCCAGAAACCGAUGAUGUUCUUUCUGAAGCGACCAAACAUACCGGGAUCUUCGACGCCCAGCUCUACCUCUUUGAGACCGUCGGCAUCCUCCUCUCGGCAUUCAUGAAAUCUCCAGAAGGGGCCUCUUCACUACUGCAGUCCAUCGCCACCCCGCUAUUAGACGAUCUGUCGGUGAACCUGCAGGCCAUCAAGGGCCCGCAGGAUGUGGUACCUGUGCUCAAGGUUCACCAUACCAUCAUGGCGUUGGGAAACAUAGCCAAGGGUUUCCCAGAUUAUCCGACCAAUCCUACGGAAGAGAAUACGCCGCCGUUGGACGUAUUUAGGACUGUGGCGCAGGCGAUUCUGGUAUCUUUGGAGGCUAUGAACGUGUUCAAGGUCGUUCGGGAUGCAACAAGAUUCGCCUUCGCACGGAUCCUAGCGACGACAGGGCCAACCGUCACGCAGCUCAUUCCGACAUUGAUGGCGAACCUACUUGCUCACUUCGAACCCAGUGAACUCGUCGACUUCAUCAACUUCAUUGGCCUUCUAAUCCACAAAUUACAGGAAGAAUUGUUCGACGUUAUGGAUCAGCUGCUUGGACCCCUGUCCCAACACAUUACCGGUAUUAUGAGCCAAGAGGCAUCCGGAACAGACGACAAACUCGCUCAGGCGGAGAUCAAACGAGCGUACCUCACCUUGAUCAACAACCUCCUCUCGUCCAAAUUGCCAGGAAUUUUUAUUUCCGAUCGCAACAUGGCUGGCUUUGAGUCACUGCUCAACACGAUGAUUCAACUGGCCAACGAUUUCAACGACGCUCACAGCCAGAAGGCCGCUUUCACGUUCAUGAGUCGCAGCGUCACCGUCUGGGGAACGCCCGAUGCCUCGAAUGGGACCUCCAACGGCAACAUUCCGGCUACGAUCACCCGCCAGAUUCCUGGCUUUGGCGAGUAUAUCUACAAGACCUUCGUCCCUACGGCUUUCACCAUCCUCUCCUCGCCAUCGUUGAACAUCAAGGACCCGCAGAUCUUGAUGGUCCUUCACGAAAUUGCCAACUUUUUGCAGACGGUUAUCAUCACACGAGGACCGGAAGGUUAUGAGUUCUUCGUCAACCAUUUUCUCCCGACACAAAGUUUCCCGCCGGAUGUCGCCAUUGAGUUCACCACGAAGAUGCGCGACCUGGAUAACAAAAGCUUCAGAAAAUACCUCGUAGAAUUUGUCCGGGCGUCUCGUUCGUCAUAGCAUCUCAGAAUUGUAAAGACCAUUUGGGCAGGUGCCAGCUCGAAAAUGCUACCUUCUAGAUAUAUUAAUGUAUUUCUGACACGAUUGCUCUCAAACGCUUGCUCGUUCACUACCUUACGGUCCUUAGUCAUUCUUCAUCUUCACCAACAUUCAGCGUUAUGCUUUGUAUUCCGUUCUAUAUCGUGUUUCUCGCUACAUACGUAAUGUCUUUCCUCCUCUGCAAUCGCAUAUCAUCACGUAUAUCCCCUCACUCACGUCACUCUUCUCUGCUCUUGUCUACGAGUUGUCAUCAGCUAGUUGUGUUACUAUUCGCUCG